GUAUUUGCUAAGAUUACAUUGCUUAAGCCAUUUUAACCAUACUGCAGUUUGUGUUCCCAUGUAUCAUUUGGUGGCAUCAUUUAAUUAUCCGAAAAUAAAUACUUUGAAUGAGUGGCAUUAUUUGGUGGCAUUUUCAGAGGCUGGUUGCUAAUAUCAGUGUCAGCUGGCCUGUUUCAUUUAAUUAUCUGCAUAUUUGUCCUUUGAUUUGAGUGUUAUUUUCUUUUAUACUCCCCAUGGUUUGAAGAGUGCAAUCAAACCAAUUUUUGCCCUAACCUUUGCUUCAUUUUUCAUGCACUCUAACAAAAUUUAUUUUUCACCACACUUCUUCAUGGCUUGUGCAAUACCAGCCACAACUGUACGCUAACAGUUCUUACUUUGCAGGUUUAAUUAAUUGCGCUUCCAUUAUAUCCAUCUGAACGAGAAGGUCAUCUUAUUCUAGGCAUGGCAACAGAAAGGAGGAAAAUGAAGGAACAUGUCCCUGCAACAUGUGCACAUGUCGGUAACCCGGAUUUCAUUCAAUAAUGCAUUCAAUCUUCAAUUUCACCUUUAAUGCAUAUUUCCAUAUAUUCUAUUUUCCUAUCACUGACCAAUAUUUAAUUUUAACUGUAGGAAAAGCUCCCAAAGUCCCGAUGUUCUAGAAAGAAAUUCAUCAUUGUGAUUGCGCGCUUACCACCAGAAAAACACCAAGCCAUCAUAGAUAUGGGAUUUGGGGGCCUGCUAACAUUUGCCUGUCGGAAGCUGAGAUAUGAGCUGUGCGGGUGGCUCAUAUCUCAAUAUGACUUUACCUACCACAGGCUUAAAAUGGCAACUGGCAGUGCUGUCAAUGUUAAUGAACAACAUGUCAGCCAAGUCAUGAGCAUCCCUAACUCCGGGGAAGACUUGGUUAUUGUUAAGAGAACAGGCCCCUCCAACCGCAUAUACACUCUCAGGGUUUUGGAGCAAAACCUUGACAAUCUGCCCGUUGGUGAUGAUUUUUUAAAAUCAUUUUUAAUUUUUUCUUGUGCCACUCUACUGGCACCUAAUUCCAAACUUGAAGGAAGCCAUGACCUAUGGGACACCAUAUGGGAUUCUAAUCUUGGUGUCCAAAGGAAUUGGGCUAAGUUUCUGCUGCAACACUUAGAGGACGACAUUAGGGAAUAUCGGCAAAAGCAGCCUACUUACAUCCGAGGCUGCCUCAUGUUCCUUCAGUUAUUGUUGAGGUGACCUGGCCGCUUGCUGCUGCAUGGAGUGACGAUGUCAUAAAGCGCCGUUUAGCGGCUGAAAUAUCAACUUUCGGUGGAUAUGGGCAUGUGGAUGUAUGCUAUAAAUGAACAUAGCUUUUCGUAUUAGUUAAAUGACCAUAGUAGCUUAUUCAAGUCAGUCCCAAUUUGUUGCUUCUCUAAUU